AUGAUUAAGAGUAAAACUGUGAGCCGAAUGGAGAAAUGGAGGCGAAGAAAAGAUCAAGCGGCAAAUUUAAAAUUGCACAGUCUUUUCUCACGAAUAAUGGAAAAUACAAUAACAAGUUGUUCAACAGCGAAUACAAUAGUGCCUACUGUUACAACGCGGUUAGAAGUACAAUUUGAACCUUCGACAGAAGAUUCGACUGAAAAUGAAUAUGAUGGCGCUAAACAACACUUUGGUUUUGAAAGUGAGAACGACACGUCUAACAAUCUAAUUUCUGGUGACGAUACAGAAGAAGAAGAUGAAAUUCCUUCACACCAAGAUCCUCUGCAAUCGAAACCAAUUAAAAACGAAACGAUAGAAUUAGCAUCGAUGAUAGUCAUAUAUCAGGCGCGUCACAAAAUUAGUAAUACUGCCGUAGAUGACUUGUGUAAACUUAUGCGAUUAGUUGGGGUUGAGAAUUGUCCACGAAAUUAUAAGCACAUUAAACGAUUAUUAGAAAACAAGUCCAUUCAAAAAACAACAAUUACAUGCUCCACCCUCGUUUUAUGUCCAAAUUGUUCUACUAUUUGUGCAACAAAGACAAAAUGUGAUAAUACGAAAUGCGAUCGAAAACAAGAAUUCGACGAAGCUCCCCCAACAUUUAUAAAAUUUCCCUUAAAACAACAAAUAUCCGAUAUACUUGUACGUGAACAAUUUGUUGAAUUUCCAACAUUAACAACGAUAACUGGAAACAUAAUGACGGACAUCAAACAUGGCUCAAAAUAUCAAGAAAUCGUUACAGAACAAAAUGGUAAACCAUUCUUAUCAUUAUUGUUAAACUAUGAUGGUAUAUCAAUGUCAAACAGUUCGGAUACAUCGGUAUGGAUAUUCUCCAUGGUUAUUAAUGAAAUUAAACGAACAAGACGAUAUAAAAUAGAGAAUAUUAUUACUGGAGGAAUUUGGCCUGGCCCAACAAAAAAAAACAAAUGGAAACGAUUGUUUUGUCAUUAA